AUGCAGUGCACUCCUGAAUCAAACGUCUACCUUGAGAGCUGCAAAAGCCAGCACGGUUAUAAUGACUGCUCUGACAGUGGAUACAGUGGUUUAUUCCACAGCCCACAACGCAUCAGUGGAGUUGACUCCUGUCGGUCUUUGUCUCCGGUAAAAUACAGUGAAACUCCUAAAGAGAACUUCAGACUUUCUGUCACAUCUAAGGAGAGGACCAGGGAACCAUUUGGAUCUUUGGGCAAAGACUCGAGGGGAACACAUCGGCAAUCGUCAGUAAGCUGGUGUGAAACUCCUAAAGUAUACAAAAGAGAUGCCUCGUUGCGACACAGACUUCUAAUGUGCAAACCCACCACAGAUGUCAAAAUUGACAAUGCAAAAUCGCCGUGCACCAGAAAGACCGAAUCUUCCAUCAGUGUCAGGUCUGAACACUGGCUCAGUGUAUCGUUUGACUCCCUAGACACUGUGAUGGGGGCUUUAGCAUCAAGCACUUUAAAAUCGGACCAUGAUCUGCCACUAUCUGGUAGGAAACGUCGUCUCCUCUUCGCGCAGGUGAGGACCUCCACUCUUCUUGAAGAUGGCAAACUCAACUCUGGCUACCCUUCCAGUUUUGAGAGAAGAGUUUCACUCUCAGAUGAAGAUUUCAGUGAGAGUAUUUCUGCCUCUGGUCAAAAUAAUAUUGAGACUCCAUGUUUUAUCAAAUCCCUGCCCGCCUCUUCUAAGGAAAACACUCAAUCACCAGUCAGCGCUGUGACAAGUAACCUAAAUGACAGCUCAAGUGUCUUGUGCACACCGUCUUCCACACAUACACCCAAAUAUAUCCGGUCUCUGUGUGAAGACAGUGGUUUUGGUUCCCUGGCCCUUGAUAAAUCCCAAGACUCCUUUGUGGACCAUGAUGGCUCAUUCCAGGAGCUGCUGCUCUCUGCCUCCAGAGGAAACUGUGAAACCCCAAAUCUUGCAGAGGCAAAGCGGCGCUCCCGUUUGCAGCGUCAGCAAAGGCUUUCAACACUUAAAGAGGGGGGUUCUCAGUCAGAGGAAGACUCAACAGAGAAAAAGCGUGUACCUCUUCAUCAGUGCCACAGCCGUUCUAAAGAUGAUGUUUUUGGGGACAGUGCCACCCCUCGCAGUGUCCUCUCUGCUAAAUGUGGUAAUAGCAGGACCUCUGAUAGUUUCCCCUCUGCAAAACAAGACAAUGCCACCCCACUAAGAUCAACUACAACAAGGCCAGAAAACAUGACACCCCUAAGCACAGUUCCGGCUAAUCCAGAUGCAACUCCUCUCAGGACAACCCCAGUCAAUCUCUCUCUGACUCCAGCUUUGCAGCUGGUUCAUGCCAUGUGUCACUAUAAAACCCACAUGUUUUUUGGCCAAAGUCCAAGCCUAAAGGAGCAGCUGAAGUCCACAGCAGCAUUGGCUGAGACCCCGGUGAUGUUCAGGACCACCAUGCCAUUGGCAGGGCUGAUCGGCAGGAAGAUGGGCCUGAGGAAGGUGGACAUACUCACAGAGCUGAAGAAGAGGAACCUCAGACACAUCCUGGCUGUCAUCCUCAGCCACCUGACCUCUGAGAGCGUCUACAUGUGUGGUCAGGUGUGCAAGACAUGGAAUGAAAUCAUCCAACAAGACAAGCGAGCUAGUUUUAAGAGAAGAAACCACCUGAGUGAAGUGGAGGCUGCUCUUGAGCUCAGUGGUGCUGUCCACGUCCCUGAUGCAGAGACCAGACUCGCUCUGCUUAAGAGGUCGGCCCUGAAGACCGUUCAGGCCCAGUCCAGGACGUCCAGCUACUGUACCCCGCAGUCAGGAAAUAGCACUUUAACCCCAUCCCAGCACAGCGCCUUGAAUUCAGGCAGCAGCCACAAACGGGAUAAGUUUUUAGAAGUUGCCAAAACCCUCUUCAAUGAUGAGUGCCUCAAGCCUUGCCCUCGAUGUCAGCAUCCCGCAAGGUGUCACUCAGUGAAAGGGGAGGGUGUAUGCAGCAGAGCUGACUGUGGUUUCCAGUUUUGCACAGCCUGCUUGUGUGCGUUCCACGGCUCUAGAGAGUGUGGCAGCCAGUCCGUAGGCCGCCGCAAGAAGGACAUACUACUUCCAGGAAGUGCUCAAAGCAAACGAAACGUUAGGAGAUUAUGAGCAGAAAGUGAACUGUAUUCCUGUUUGAUAUGCCGGGGGCAUUUUAGGAUUUAUUUUUUGCCUAAUGGCUUGGCAACAAGGAAACUGAUUUGUAGCACAUAAAUGAGCACGAGCAACGUCUGUACUUUUCAAUAUGUCUAUGUGCCUGUCCUUGUACUGUAUUUUCCCUUUUUUCAACGCAGUUCUUACUUGUGUUUUUAAUUAUGAAUGUGAAGGAAGUCUCACCAGCAGAACAAUGAUUACAUUUUGCUGUUUAUGUACUAUUUCAUACACAUUGAUCAACUGUACAGAAUGUUUUUUGGGAUUCCUCUGAGAUUUUCAACUUUUACCAAUGUGUUUUCAGAGCAGUUUUAAAAUAAAUUAGUUUUUGUUUUUUAA